AUGAGUGAUCCCGCUUCGCUGGCAGGCAUGUUACCCUUUGACUCCAUUGGACUCUACGAGCAGCCAAAGCCGCGGUUUAUAUUUAAAAUGCCGCGAGUCGUACCCGAUCAGAAGGCCAAAUUUGAAUCCGACGAUCUUUUCAAAAGACUGAGCAGAGAGAGUGAGGUCAGAUACACAGGAUACCGCGAUCGUCCCCCAGAAGAGAGACAAAUGCGUUUUACCAGCGGUUGCCGUGAGGGCCACACAGAAAUCGCCUUUACAGCGACCGGUACAAAUCUUCAACUCGUAUUCGACCAUUCCCCGUAUAACAAUCGCGGGUGUGACUUUCAGAAGGAAAAUGGAAAAGCUCACAUCGUAUCCCGGUUUAUAAUGAAUGGGGUCUGCGUAAGAUGGCGAGGGUGGAUCGAUUUGGAGCGACUCGACGGCGCAGGCUGUCUCGAAUUAGAUGAGGAACGGGCGGCUAUCGAAGACGCCGCUCUGCGUGACCAAAUAGAACGUUAUAACCAACGGCUCCGGGACUUCGAAGACAAACAACGUGCUUAUCGCGAGCACGGCGAGGAGAUGCGAGCGCACUCACAGGUGCACGGGGUCCAGCGUUGUCAUCCGCCUCGGCAGCCCACACACGGUGCUCAUCCAGCUCACCCACACCCGACUCAUCCAGUCCAUAUAAAACCUCAUUCACAGGGUGCUCUCAUAUCAUAA